AUGGCGGCCGCUUUACAACUGCUGUGUUUCUUUGUGGCUCUGCUCUCCACCGUGUUUCUGGGCGCAGCGACGUGGUCGGAUUGCUGGAUCGUGAAUGCCGAUGAUAGCUUGGAGGUCAGCCACAAGUGCCAAGGCCUCUGGAGGAAAUGCGUCACUAACGUCCAAGACGGCAUUAAGACCUGCGACCAGUACGAUUCCAUUUUGGCCGAACAUCCCAUGAAAAUUGUGGUGACGAGGGCGUUGUUGAUCACUUCUGACAUGCUUUCGGGCUGUGCCCUGGUACUUUUGGUGGGAGGGCUUGACUGCAUCAAAAUCUUCCUGGAUGAGCCUCAGAUGAAACGGAAGAUGCAUUCUGCGGCUGGACUGGCCCUCGGGACCGGAGGUGUUUUGGGGUUGGUGGGCUCCCUCUGGUACGCCGUGAACGCCUACAUGGAAAGGGCCGCCCACGUGCCCCCCAACGUCUUUCUGGACGUCCACCAAGACUUUGGGUGGUCUUGCUGGCUGGGAUUGAUCGGCUCGGCGGGAAACUUGGCGGCCUGCGUUAUCCUGUCGUGUUGCCUCCAUUGUUCCUCUCCAGGAGCUGAGCUGGGCAGGAAAACUCGCGGUGCCCUCCCGGCUUUGCAGAGAUCGACGUCGAAGAUGUACGCAGUGGCUUCCCGGGUCUGAAGUGGAAACCGGCGCUCAGAGAUUCCCGUCUCUCACAUCCCGGAUUUU